AUGCUGGUGCCGGUAGAACGAGAAGUGCGCGCAUCUUCAAGACUUGCCGUACUGCGCCAAGUCGGCGUCGGGCUUCUCUACUGGCGGCGGUGCUUCGCCAAGGCUUGGCGCUUCAUCGUGCGCACCCAUCGCCCGGACUGUCUGCCAGAAAUCUGUCAGGAAUUUGCUUCGCCUUUGUCAGAUAUUUCUUUUGCCCCUCUCAAACAUGGACAAUCUGUGACGCUGGUGGUGGUCAACAUAUAG